CUCUGCUCGCGCAGCUGUCCUCCCCCCCGAAACCAAAAUCGCGAUCGCCUCCUCCAAAAUCCCUGCUCCCUAGCGUAGCUGACGGCACGGUCUACGGCAGAGCUCCUUGUUCGGUCGUUCCCUGCUUCGCCUUCGCCACCAGUCGUCGCAAGCCUGAGUCUCCCUCAACGUCAUCAGUCAUCACCUCCUGCUUCGCCUUCGCCACUCGCAUUGCAGAAGGUAGAACCGAAAGUCUAAGGCUCUGAGCUCUCUCGCCACUCGCAUUCGCAGUUCGCAGAAGGCAGAAUCGAAAGUCGCAGGUCUCCCUCAAAUCCCAGUCAACAUUGUCCCUUUGCCCUUCAGUGCAUUGAGUUUUGGCAAGUUGCCUUCUUUGGAGAGCACCAAACCCCAUGUCAACUUUGAAAGAAAUCCUUGCACGGCGACCUGUGGCGGCCACCAUCAGGCUGACUGUGGCGGCUGGAGGGGCACGACCUGCACCACCUGUGGGUCCAGCAUUGGGUCAGUAUAGGCUCAACUUAAUGGCCUUCUGCAAGGAUUUCAAUGCGCGAACACAGAAGUACAAGCCAGACACACCCAUGGCAGUGACAAUCACGGCCUUCAAGGAUAACACCUUUGAAUUCACCGUCAAAUCUCCCUCUGUGACUUGGUAUCUCAAGAAAGCAGCUGGAAUCGAAUCCGGCAGCAGCCGCCCAGGCCACAUGGUGGCUUCUACACUCUCUCUAAAGCACAUCUAUGAGAUCGCCAAGAUUAAACAGUCUGAUCCUUAUUGCCAAUACAUGUCUCUUGAAUCUAUUUCCAAGUCCAUCAUUGGCACUGCUAAUACAAUGGGAAUUAAGAUUGUUAAGGAACUAGAUUGAUUCCUCGAUAGCUGUUUUCCCUCUAUCCUUGGGUUUGAGGCAUCCCCUUUCUCACACUGGAAUGAUAGCAGUGGUUGUAUUCCCUCCUUUGUUGGAACUUGAGAGAAAUGAGAAUGGGAUUUUGCACUGGAAUUCAGUUCAAGACAAUGUUUUACUUGUAUGCAUAGCAAAUGUGCUAGGAAUAACAAGUUGAAAUGGCGCUUCUUUUGCUGCUGAGUGCUGAGUGUUUCAUUUUUGGUUUUUAGUAGUCAUUGAAUAUUCAUUGAGCACUGAUUAAAAAUGAAGCACAAGCUUUUCAAAAUUUA